AUGGGUCACGCUAAGUUGCUCAAUCUGCACCCGGGUAUGGCUUCCAACCCAUACAGGAGCAUGAAGGAGCAGGUGCCCCUCAGGACUCUUUGUGAGCUUUGCAACCGCACCAUCAACACGCGCGACUGGCCUAUGCACAAGAACUCCAAGGCUCACCGCGCCCUUGAGCAAGCCGGGAAGGACAAAGAGAACACCAAGGCCAAAAACAACGGCACUGACAACUGGGGUGGCGAGACUUCCAGCUUCACGCCUGACGGUGAAUUCAACCUCGCCUCCGUUGACUCUGGCAACGACGGCUGGGGUACUGGCGGUGGUGGAGGUAAUCGUGCCUGCUUCGGCUGCGGUGAGAUUGGCCACACGAAGCGUGACUGUCCUAAGAGUGGUGCGUCCGGAGAUCGAGCGUGUUUCGCAUGUGGUGAAGUUGGCCACACGAAGCGCGAUUGCCCCAAGGGCGGCUCUGGCGGAGCUGGCCAGGCUUGCUUCAACUGUGGCAACGAGGGCCACCGCAAGAUGGACUGCCCAGAGCCUCUCAAGCCUCGCGCCGGCGGUGGUGGCGGCGGCGGUCGCGCUUGCUUCAACUGUCUCCAGCCAGGCCACAACGUCUCUGAGUGCGCCGAGCCUCGCGUUGAGCGCUGCCGCAACUGCGAUGCCGAGGGUCACCACAGCAGGGAGUGUCCCCAGCCCAAGGACUGGAGCCGAAUCAAAUGUAAGAACUGCUACAAGUACGGUCACGGCGAGAAGCGCUGCCCUGAGCCUGCCGGAUGGGACACUGCUGCCGACUCUGGUGCUGCUGCCGCAGGCAGUUGGGACAACGCUGGUGGAGACUCUUCUGCUGCUGUUGGUGGGUGGGGUGGCGACGACGUCGGUGCUGGUGCUCAGGAGACAUCCGGCGGCGACUGGGCUGACAAAGCGAACGCUGAGGCUCAGUGGUAG